GGCUCUUGAGUCACUUGUGCUGGGGUCAGAUGCACACCCCGCACUGGGUGGGAUCAGGGCUCAACCGAUGCACACCACGCACUGGAUGGGGUCAGGGCUCAACCGAUGCACACCCCGCACUGGGUGGGGAAGCAGACGGAGCAACACAGCAUGGAAGGCGGCUGUGGAAACAGCGGAGGCAGGGACAUCAGUCGGGACGGCAGCAGUGGCACCAACAGGAGCAGUGGCACCAGCAGCAGCAGCAGCAGCAGCAGCAGCAGCAGCAGCAGCAGCAGCAGCAGCAGCAGCAGCAGCAGCAGUGGCACCAGGCACACCAGCAGCACCAGCUGCAGUGGCACCAGCAGCACCAGCAGCACCAGCAGCACCAGCAGCACUAGCGGCACCAGCAGCACCAGCUGCACCAGCAGCACCAGAAGCACCAGCAGCGCCAGCAGCACCAGCAGCACCAGCAGCACCAGCGGCACUAGCGGCACCAGCAGCACCAGCAGCGCCAGCAGCACCAGCAUCACCAGCAGCACCAGCAGCACCAGCAGCACCAGCAGUACCAGCAGCACCAGCAGUACCAGCAGCAGCAGCAGCAGCAGCAGCAGCAGCAGCAGCAGCAGCAGCAGCAGCAGCAGCAGCAGCAGCAGCAGCAGCAGCAGCAGCAGCAGCAGCAGCAGCAGCAGCAGCAGCAGCAGCAGCAGCAGCAGCAGCAGCAGCAGCAGCAGCAGCAGCAGCAGCAGCAGCAACUAAGGGAGAGACGAUCUGGAAACACGCAGGGAGAGCACGGAGUGCUGGGAGUGUAGGGAGUGCAGGGAGUGCAGGGAGUGCAGGGAGUGCAGGGAGUGCAGGGAGUGCGGGGAGUGCAGGGCAUGCAGGGAGUUCAGGGCGUGCAGGGAAAGCAGGGAGUGCAGGGCAUGCAGGGAGUGCAGGGCGUGCAGGGAAAGCAGGGAGUGCAGGGCGUGCGGGGAGUGCAGGGAGUGCAGGGAGUGCAGGGAGUGCGGGGAGUGCAGGGCAUGCAGGGAGUUCAGGGAGUGCAGGGCAUGCAGGGAGUGCAGGGCGUGCAGGGAGUGCAGGGAUUACUGGGAGUGCAGGGAGUGCUGGGAGUGAAGGGAAUGCAGGGAGUGCAGGGAGUGCAGGGAGUGCUGGGAGUGCAGGGAGUGCAGGGAGUGCAGGGAGUGCUGGGAGUGCUGCGAGUGCAGGGUGUGCAGGGCGUGCAGGGCGUGCAGGGCGUGCAGGGAGUGCUGGGAGUGCUGGGAAUGCAGGGAGUUCAGGGCGUGCAGGGCGUGCAGGGCAUGCUAAGAGUGCAGGGAGUGCUGGGAGUGCUGGAAGGGCAGAGAGUGCAGGGAGUGCUGGGGGUGCAGGGGGUACUGGGAGUGCAGGGAGUGGGAGUGAGGGGGACUUGCAAGUGACAGCAGCAUGCCAUGGAUACAUCCAGGCAAUGCCACUGGCAGAGAUGGUUGCAGUGUAGAGAUGACUUCCGAGUCAGAUCAAAAGGCAUGCGUAGAACACGCUUCAGCUGUUGAAAGGAGCACCACACCACACCACACCACACCACACCACACCUCACCACUACUAGCAUGUGCUUGUCAGAUCUCGAGCUGAAUAAUCGGCAUGAGUAUUA